AUGGCCGACAGCACCUCCAUGCAGGUCGACUCUGGCGCUGGUGCGCCAGCUAACACAGAGAUUGAUGAGUCCCUUUACAGUCGUCAACUUUAUGUUCUUGGCCAUGAUGCUAUGAAGCGCAUGGGAGCCUCCAAUGUCCUUGUUGUUGGCCUCAGAGGUCUCGGUGUUGAGAUCGCCAAGAACAUCGCUUUGGCUGGUGUCAAGAGCUUGACUGUUCAUGACCCUGCUCCCGCCCAGAUUGGCGAUCUAUCUUCACAGUUCUUCUUGACAGCCGAUGAUGUUGGCAAGCCCCGAGACGAGGUUACCGCGCCCCGUAUCGCUGAGCUUAACGCAUACACUCCUGUCAAGAUUCAUUCCUCCGCUAGCUUGGAGGAUAACCUUUCUCAAUUCGACAACUACCAAGUUGUUGUUCUUACCGAUGCCCCGAUUCAAACACAAAAGUUAAUUGCUGAUUACUGCCAUUCCAAGGGCAUCUAUGUCGUGGUUUCCGACACCUUUGGUCUCUUCGGCUCUGUUUUCUGUGACUUUGGAGAGAAGUUCUCUGUUAUCGACCCUACCGGAGAGUCUCCAUUGAGCGGUAUCGUUGCCGGAAUCGAUGAAGAAGGCCUCGUUUCCGCCCUUGACGAGACUCGCCACGGCCUGGAAGAUGGUGAUUACGUUACCUUCUCUGAAGUUGAGGGUAUGGAUGCUCUGAACAAUGCUGAGCCCCGCAAGAUCACAGUCAAGGGACCGUACACCUUCUCCAUUGGCGAUGUCACGGGCUUGGGUCAGUACCAGCGCGGCGGAAUGUACCAGCAAGUCAAGAUGCCCAAGAUUAUCGAUUUCAAGAGCUUCACAGCCUCACUCCAGAGCCCAGAAUUCGUCAUGUCCGAUUUCGCCAAAUUUGAUCGUCCUCAGCAACUGCAUCUCGGUUUCCAGGCAGUCCAGGCUUUCCGCGUCUCCAAGGGUAGACUCCCGCAGCCCAUGAAUGAUGACGAUGCCACUGUUGUUGUUGAGGCGGCCAAGAAGUUUGCUGAGGCUGAGAAGUUGGAAAUUGAAAUUGACGAGAAGCUCUUGCGUGAGCUCAGUUACCAGGCUGCAGGUGAUCUCAGCCCCAUGGCGGCUUUCUUUGGCGGCAUUGUUGCCCAGGAAGUACUGAAGGCUGUCUCCGGUAAAUUUAACCCUGUUCAGCAAUGGAUGUACUUCGAUUCGCUUGAGUCGCUCCCAACUGCUACCAAGCGUAGUGUAGAGUUAUGCAAGCCCAUCGGCAGCCGAUACGAUGGUCAGAUUGCAGUCUUCGGAACAGAGUACCAGGAGAAGAUUGCCAACCUUACCCAAUUCCUCGUCGGUGCUGGUGCUAUUGGUUGUGAGAUGUUGAAGAACUGGGCUAUGAUGGGACUGGGAAGCGGCCCCAAGGGUAAGAUCUUUGUCACUGACAUGGAUUCCAUUGAGAAGAGCAACUUGAAUCGUCAGUUCCUCUUCCGUGCUGCAGACGUUGGUAACAUGAAGAGUGACUGUGCUGCCAAGGCUGUACAGCGCAUGAACCCUGACCUCGAAGGUCACAUUGUGACCAUGAAGGACAGAGUCAGUGCGGAUACGGAAAAUAUUUUCAACGAAGAUUUCUGGAACUCCCUGGAUGGUGUCACCAAUGCUCUAGACAAUGUUGAGGCUCGAACCUACGUUGACCGCCGCUGUGUCUUCUUCCGCAAGCCGCUUCUUGAGAGUGGCACACUGGGAACAAAGGGCAACACCCAGGUUGUCCUGCCUCACUUGACAGAAUCAUACUCUUCAUCUCAGGACCCCCCUGAGAAGGAGUUCCCCAUGUGCACGAUUCGCAGCUUUCCCAAUCGCAUUGAACACACCAUUGCUUGGGCUAAGGAAUAUAUGUUUGAGCGAAAUUUUGUCAAGGCACCACAAACUGUCAACCUUUACCUCACUCAGCCCAACUACAUCCAGACCACUCUGAAGCAGGGCGGUAACCAGAGAGAAACUCUUGAGAUGUUGAAGAGCUCUCUGACCACCGAACGCCCGCGAACCUUUGAAGACUGCAUUGCUUGGGCCCGUCUGCAAUUUGAGACUGAAUUCACAAACAAGGUUCAACAGCUGCUUUAUAACUUCCCCAAGGAUUCGCUCACAUCAAGCGGUACCCCGUUUUGGUCUGGACCUAAGCGAGCCCCGGAGCCGCUCAAGUUCGACCCUAGCAACCCUACUCACUUUGGCUUCAUUGUUGCAGGUGCUAACCUCCAUGCAUUCAACUACAACAUCAAGUCGCCUGGCAAUGACCCCCAGAUUUAUCUUGCUGAGCUUGAGAACGUCAUUGUGCCCGACUUUGCACCUGAUGCCAAUGUCAAGAUUCAGGCUGACGAUAAGGAGCCUGACCCCAACGCAAACAAUGACGCAGACGACGGAGACGAAAUGGAGCAGACUAUUGCAGCUAUACCCGACGCUACAUCAUUGGCUGGCUUCCAGGUUACUCCUGUUGACUUUGAAAAGGACGACGACAGCAACCACCAUAUUGAUUUCAUCACCACAUGCAGCAAUCUUCGUGCUGAGAACUACAAGAUUGAGCCUGCAGAUCGCCAUAAGACCAAGUUCAUCGCUGGCAAGAUUAUUCCUGCUAUUGCUACCACAACCGCUCUGGUCACUGGUCUUGUCGUUAUGGAGCUGUACAAGGUCAUCGAUGGCAAGGACGAUAUUGAGCAGUACAAGAACGGUUUCAUCAACCUGGCACUCCCUUUCUUCGGCUUCAGUGAACCCAUUGCUAGCCCCAAGGUAGAGUACAAGGGCCCAGAUGGAAAAGUCACCUUGGAUAAGAUUUGGGAUCGCUUUGAGGUGGAAGACAUCACCCUCAAGGAGCUUUUGGACUUCUUUAAGGCCAAGGGUUUGAGCGUCAGCAUGCUCAGCUCGGGCGUCAGCCUGCUGUAUGCCAGCUUCUUCCCCGCUGCUAAGCUGAAGGAGCGCUACGACCUAAAGCUCAGCAAGCUAGUAGAAACCAUCUCGAAGAAGCCUAUUCCUUCACAUCAAAAGGAGGUAAUCUUUGAGAUUGUUGCUGAUGAUAUGGAUGAUGAGGACGUCGAGGUUCCUUAUAUCAAGGUUAAGGUCAACUAG